GAUUCACUUACGUUCUUGUUUUUGUAGGUCUCAAAGAUCCCACUCAAAUAACAAAAUGAAUAGUUUCAUGAAAUCAUUCGCUAUUUUUGUCUUGCUUAUCCAAAUGCAAAUAGCAUUGUCUCAAAAUUCUCAACCAAUUCUGUCUCCCCCCGGACCUAAUCUUAUACAGCAACUCUGCAAAAGAACCCGACAUGAAAGCCUAUGCGUCUCUACGCUCAAUCUUGAUCCUAGAAGCAAAACCUCAGAUCUCCAAGGGCUUGCGUCGAUCUCUGUCGAUGCGACGACAAAGAAAGUGAACGAGACGCAAAAUUAUCUCCUCUCCGUUUUUAAGAGCAUUGGACGCCGUGAAGAGUACGAGAUGUACGGAACUUGCAUUGAGGUGUACGGCGCGGCGAUUAGUAGGUUUCUACCGGCGGUGUUGGCGGAUCUAAAGGCUAAGAAGUAUUCUCAGGCGCUGACUGACAUAAAUGAGGUUGUGACGGUGCCGGAUACUUGUGAGGACCAGUUCGCCGGAUAUUCUCCGUUGCCGUUGACCGCACGUAACAAAGCCACCCAUGAAAUCGCCGAUGUGACUAGUGACAUCAUCAAAACUUUUGCCAACUAGAUAAUAAAAAUUUUAACUUUCUUUCUACUUUCCUUUUUUUUUUUUACUUUGCGAUUGUUGCAAAAAUUCAAAGGGGAAAAAUUAAUAAAAAUUAAAAAAUAAGAUUUGACCAUUUGAUUAAA